UUUCCCACGGUCAAGGCUGGCACCAGAUGUCACAAUCAGAUCACAGCAUUUUAAUCAACAACAAGUUGCGUUGACUCGGUGAUAUAAAACAUCACCCACGAGACAAUCAUCAAAGUCAAAAAUACUGCAACACCUUCAACAGAAUGGUGGUGUGUCUCACUUUUUAAUCAACUGGUUGUCCAUUUGCCGCCCAGAAUGGAUUGAACUAAGUGCUUAACAAGAUGAAAAAUUCAACACACGGACAUAGAAUUUAACAGAAAACUGGUUUGUGCUGCAACAAAGAUCUAGACGCAAAGAGUCAAGUCAUGUGACUGCAGGUCCUGUGAUGGAUCCAGAUGCUACCGAGUCGACUGUUUUCCCCAACACCACCCUCGGCAUCCGGAGGGACGACGGGACUGAUGACGAUGAGUUAGACUUGACCUCCCUGGUCUUCACCGCGCUUACCAUCCUGAUCGGAAUUCCAGGCAAUUUAGUGGUGAUCUGGGUCGCGGGGAUCAAGCUCAAGGCAACGGUCCUCAACGUGUGGCUGGUCAACCUGGCGGUGGCGGAUCUCAUCUUGUGCUUCAGCCGAAUCCUCUCCCUGGUCAAGGAUCUGUUCCUGAACGAGUGGCUCUUCGGCUUGUUCAUCUGCAGGUUCAACGGUUUCUUCAAGUACACCAAUAUGUUCUGCUCCGUCUUCAUGCUGGCCAUCAUCAGCGGGGACCGGGCUGUCUGCGUGUGGUUUCCCGUGUUCACACGGAACCACCGCACGGUGUGCCUUGCCCGCGUGGUAGCCGCGUGCACGUGGCUGAUGGCGGCGGCAUUGAGUUUGCCCUUCUACUUCUGUCGAAUUCUCUACAAAGACAACAACCUGAUCCAGUGCAGACAGAAAAAUAAGAAAGCGCUCUACUUGAUCCGCUUCUUAUGCGGCUUCCUGCUGCCUUUCCUAGUCAUCCUGGGCUGCUACAUCCUGGCUGCGGUGGGCAUCCGCCGCAUCCACUUGGCGGGCAAGUUGCGUGCCCUUUGUUUGAUGGUCCUGCUGGUGCUGGUGUUCUUCGUGUGCUGGGCUCCGUACCAUGGCUUGCUAUUGCUGGAGAUGGUGGAUAGCAGCAACUCAGUUCACCAUACCUGGUUGCCCGCCACCAUUACUAUGUCCCACAUCAAAAGCUGCAUCAACCCACUUCUUUACUUCCUUGUGGGCUUUAAGAAUCAAGGGCGGUCCAAGAAGUCUGUGACGGGCCUGUGCAAAAGCGCUUUGAUAGACGGCGUUGAGAGACAGACGCCUCAGUCCAUUGACUCCGGAGAGAAUGUGUCUCAUUUAUGAAGGGGUACUGUGUGUGUACUGUAGCUGCUAUUGUGUGUUAACUCAUUGACGCCAUUAGUUAAUCACGUCUCCAGUCCAUUUGAAGUGGAAGGGUGGUACCUAUGCUACCUAUGCUUGCCGUAUUUUCUAGACUAUAAAUCACACUUUUUAAAUAUUUUGGCCAGUACUGCGACUUAUGUGGAUCACAAAAUUGAGUAUACCCCUCGCAUUUCUGCGGAUAUUUAAGUACCGUAUUGGCCCGAAUAUAAGACAGUGUUUUUUGCAUUAAAAUAACACUGAAAAAGAUGGGGGUCGUCUUAUAUUCGCGGUCUAGACAUUAUACCCAUUCACGACGCUAGAUGGCGCCAGAUAUCAUUGAAGUGAUGUUCUGUCUUGACAGCUCUCAGCUACUCUUCCCAGUCACGACGCUAGAUGGCGCCAGAUAUCAUUGAAGCGAUGUUGUCAUGACAGAUCUCAGCUACUCUUUUUAGUUUAACCAGUUUGCUUUAUUGCAAUGUUUUUUCCUUAUUCAGAUUUGUUUCAAGACUAAAGUUAGUUAGACUUCACUUUGAUGGUUAAUGCAGUUAUUGCAAUUUUGUUGUUUUAUCACAAUAGAUUGGUUUAUUUACAUUUCAAAAACCAAAAGCCAUUCAUGUACGAAUGUGAUUGCACGUUACAUAUUUAAAUGUUCCGAUAUUAAGAUUUGAAUGAGGCAAAAUAACAUGCUUUUUCUCUCAAAUCGGGUCCGAUCACGUCAUUUUCAAAGUAUCGGAAUCGGCAAAAAAAUAUCGGCCAUGCCUUUUUUUAAUAUAUAUUUUUUAAUUAAAUCGUUUUCUAAUUGUAUUUAACGUUACAGACAUAAUAUGUUGCACUAAUCCAGUCUUUAGGCUUAAGGUAGGGUUAUCAAAUUUAUCCCGAUAACGGCGGUAAUUAUUUUAAAAAUGUAUCACGUUAAAAUAUUUAACGCAAUUAAUGCAUGCGCUGCACGACCCACUCACGCAUUGUCGCGCUCAAUCUGUAAUGGCGCCGUUUUACCUAUAUAGAGAGAUAAAAGGCAGCGUAAAAUGAGUAGAGUGAAUUUUGGCAGCCUUUGGGGCAUUUUUUUUAAUUGGCUAAAGCCUUACAAUCCCUCUCCCUACGAUUAGAAAUAUCAUGGGAAGCAAUGUGGAGAAGCAAUGUAGCAAUUGAUCUUUUUCUAACCACCUUAUUUUAUUUCCCAAAGCAGAGAAGAUAUAUCAAUUGGUAGCACUACACAGAGUCAUGGUUCCAUUUCCCAUCAUGCAUUUGGGCAUGGCUACAGUAUCAUUUACUGAAAGCUCAACAAAUACACUAGAUGGCAAUAUUUAGUCACGAUAUACAAAGUCACAAGUCUUCUAUCCGUGGAUCCCUCUCACAGAAAGAAUGUUAAUAAUGUAAAUGCCAUCUUGAGGAUUUAUUGUCAUAAUAAACAAAUACAGUAAAAGGCAGCGUAAAAUGAAUUUUGGCAGCCAAUUAAAAAAAAUGCCCCAAAGGCUGCCAAAAUUCACUCAUCUUAUCAUUUACUGAAAGCUCAACAAAUACACUAGAUGGCAAUAUUUAGUCACAAUAUACAAAGUCACAAGUCUUUCUAUCCGUGGAUCCCUCUCACAGAAAGAAUGUUAAAAAUGUAAAUGCCAUCUUGAGGAUUUAUUGUCAUAAUAAACAAAUACAGUACUUA